AUGUCGGCUUCGGCGGCGUGGAGAGGAGGGUUUAGGGAUGAUUCCUUCUUCCGCGUGUUUGGGGAAAAUGAACUACCACAAAUAGACGUCUCCCACCCGUGCUCACGCGUCGCCCACUCGACCCCCGGCCACCGCCUCGACGUCGGCUGCCGGGCCCUCGCUCGGACGCCUGCCCCGCACCAGUCGCCGCCGCUCCUCGCGCUCUUCUUCGUCUCCAUCCAGAUGCUGCUCACCAUCGCCGUCGCCUCCGUCGUCAUCUUCGUGCGCCCCGUCGCGCUCUUCUUCGUCUCCUCCCCCGCCGGCUUCGGGCUCUACAUCUUCCUCAUCAUCCUCCCGUUCGAAGUGUUGUGUCCUCUGUACUACUACUACUACCAGCGGCACCCGGUGAACCUGCUGCUGCUGGCGCUCUUCACGGUGGCCAUCAGCUUCGCGGUGGGGCUCACAUGCGCCUUCACGAAGGGGGAGGUGAUCCUGGAGUCGGCCAUCCUGACGACUGUGGUGGUGGUGAGCCUGACGGCGUACACCUUCUCGGCGGCGAGCCGUGGGCACGACUUCAACUUCCUGGGCCCGUUCCUGUUCGCGGCGGUGAUGAUCCUCAUGGUGUUCGCGCUCAUCCACGCAUUCUUCCCGCUGGGCCGCAUCUCGCUCAUGGUGUACGGCGGGCUGGCGGCGCUCGUCUUCUGCGGCUACAUCAUCUACGACACCGACAACCUCAUCAAGCGCUACUCCUACGACGAGUACAUCUGGGCCGCCGUCGCGCUCUACCUCGACGUCAUCAACCUCUUCCUCUCCCUGCUCACCCUCUUUAGGGCAUCCGAUUCCUGAAGUGCCUGCCUUGCCUGCA